ACUUUCAUCGCACAAAAAUGUCUGACUCUGCGGCUGCUGAUCUAUCGAGCAAAUACAUCCUCCAAACUGCUGGUUUUGAUGCUCGCUUUCCGAAUACCAACCAGACGCGUCACUGCUUCCAGAAUUACACGGACUACUUCAAAUGCGUCGCCGCGAAGGGUGAAGACUUCGCACCAUGCAAACAAUUUAAGCGUGCCUACAACUCAUUGUGUCCUAACGAAUGGGUAGCGAAGUGGGACGAACAGAGGGAGAAUGGAACAUUCCCCGCGUCACUUGAGCCUUGAUAUGUGAUAGUUGAAGUCCUUGCAGUUUUUUUAUUUAAUGAUAGACUCGGCUUAGGCUUUGGGAGUAGUUACCGCUGCGACUGAUUUGUGAUUUGCAGACUCAGUUGUAAAGCCUUCUUGGAAAAUGACAAUGAAGUUCUGAGCAAGUCCUUACU